AUGUCUAAUCAAAGACAAAUAUUGCGAUGGCUCGAAGAAGUGUCCGAUGAAGAGCAAGAUGUAGCUGGUUCGGAUUCGGAAGACAAAACGGAAAAUGAUGCUGCUAUUGAUAGUGCCCAUGAUUCAGAAAGCGUAAUUGAAGAGUCCGGAGAUAUUCAAAACAUCCCUGAACCAUCGGAAGCAGCACUUGUGAUAGAUCACCAAAAACGUCGCAUACAACAACGUGCUACAACAAAGAAACGUCUCUGUGAAAUUCAUAAUGUGGACGAGACGGUCCAACGAACGACAGCUAAGCGCGGGCGCUGUCCAUCAUGUCCUAGAAAGAACGACAAAAAACUGCCAACAAAAUGCUUCAAGUGUCAUAAAUUUAUUUGUCAGCAACACUCGAGGGUUUACUGCGUCGGAUGCAGAACAGAAGAAUCCGCUGAGGAGACUGAUUAG